CCAAGGCACAUACUGACGUUGACAUUACGCGAAUCAAAAUUGUUCCUUUCGAUGACACAAGGAUGAUAUCGUGUGGACUUGAUAAUAUACGAAUCUGGAGGGUUCGUCACGGCUCCGUACGUUCAUCUGCUUUGGAUCUUGGUAGUCAUCAUUCAAUUCAGUUUACCGAUAUUGCUUUUGGCUACGAACUUGUAAAUGGAAACAACAAGAAAUAUCGAAUGAUAUAUGUUUCUUCGAACCGUGGAAUAAUUUUUGAAGUCAACUACGAACUGAUGGUGAUUCAUAAGGUGCGACGACUACUUCCGACCGGAAGCCGAGAGGAUCUUGUUCACGUGAACCCGGGUGAAUUCGGAAUUGGUAUCAACUGCAUCUCUGUCACAGAUGCUUUCUGUAUGACAGGCUCUGACGAUGGCUAUCUCAGGCUGUGGCCCUUGGAUUUCUCGGGUGUAAUAUUAGAGGCAGAACACGAUGGUGCUGUCUCGUCUAUCGACAUCAAUCCGAAUUGUUUAUCUGUUCUUGCCGGUACAGUAACGUCCCGUUAUCAAUUCUUGACUGAUGAUGAAAAACUAUGGUGGCAAGAACAUUAG